CUGCAGAGCAACCUGGGCAGCAUUCACUGGGUUGGCCCGCUUGCACUUGGCGCCGAUCGAUUUGGAACAGGUGGUUGCGUCAUCAGCCAGGUCGCUCCCUUCUCCUGGCUUUCAAAACAACGACACAGCCCCGUUGCUGCGCUACGACUGCAGCAUCGCACUCGUUGCCCAACAGUAACAGAAAAAUAGUCCCCGCCGACUUUUCCGGUCUCUCCACUUUUCGCUGCAUAUAUUCGCCCAUCUAUCCAUGCGUUCGAGGCUAUCUGCUCGCCCGUAACCUUAUCAAUUCCCCCUUACCCUCCACCCCCAAAUUCUCCGCCCUACGAGGCUCUCCCCACGCUGGCUCGCUCACAACAAGACAUGGCCCGUCCACGAUGGAUGCUCCAUGUCCAGGCCCAAUUCUGGCGAGUCCUUAUGGGCAUCGGCAUGGUGCUGCACCGGAUGGCGUCGCCUCGACCUCCACGGCCCAAUUUCAAGCGUCGUGUACAUACCACCGUUUCCCCCACGAAGGGUCACUUCGACCUCGAGUUCUACGUGCCGAAAUCAUACCAUAUGCAUAAGAAGCUGAAGGGCCAAACUUUCCCAGUGGUGGUAAACUUCCACGGAGGCGGAUUCACGCUCGGCACCGCCCACGACGACGCUCGGUGGGCAAAGACCGUCGUCGAUGAGGUUGGCGCAGUCGUCGUGAGCGUCAACUAUCGACUCGCGCCUGAGCACCCCUUCCCGACGGCUGUGGAAGAUGGCGUAGAUGCCAUUCUCUACCUCGUCAAGCACGCCAACAGCCUGAUGCUCGACCCAGACCGCUUCGCCGUCUCUGGCUUCUCCUCCGGCGCAAACAUGUCUUUUACUGUCCCGCUCCGGCUGCAGUCCGAAGUCCUCGAGCACAUUACCGGCAUCGCCCCGCCCACUACCGCGGGCUCUGCCUCCUCUGCCUGGCUAUCGGCCCCCACAGCCUACAACGUGAACGGCUCCACGAACCAGCUCUCAGUUCCCUUGUCCGAGAUAACCACCAAUACCUCCUCUACGCUCGCCCUCCCUGGCACCGUCUCCAUGAACCCAUCUUCUGCCUCUCUGCUCUCCACCCAGAAGGAUGGUGCUACCGUUGAUAUCCGCCCAAUCGCCCGCGAGCUUAACCUCCGCGGCAUUGUCGCUUUCUACCCCUCCACGGAUUAUACCCAAACACGCGCCCAGCGCCGCAUGACCUGCAUCCGCGCUGACCAGGACCUCCCCGCCGUGUUCACCGAACUCUUCGACGAGUCCUACCUCCAACCGCCGACUCUCGAUAAAUCGUCCCCAUACCUAUCUCCUGGCGUAGCCCCAGCGCACAUGCUCGCCGCUCUGCCGGACAACAUCGCGCUGUUUACGUGCGAAUGGGAUAUGCUACUCGCCGAGGGCGAGCGGCUACGAAAGAGGCUGGUUGACGAAAUGGGGAAGAACGUCAUGUACCGCAUGGUGCCGGGCGUGCCGCAUGGAUGGGACAAAGCGCCAAAUCCGCUGCGAGAAUCGCCUGGCGCGCGGGACGAGUACAUGAAGGCAUGUGCGGAGUUGAAGAAGAUGUUUGCUUGAGCGAUUUGACUCCAUUUCUUUUGGUUGUGGGGGAGUUUGGCAUUUUGAUUUUCAUUUUUUCAUUUUGGGAGCUUUGGGGGCGUUUUCAGUGCUGAAAUGCGGCCAUGUGGUGAUUGACAUGCCCUGGUGGUUUACAUGGAGAGAGAGAUGCUCAUUUGAAUUUCCUGUGCUGGGCUGGGAUGGGGACAUAGACACAUUUAUGGGUGUAAAAGUACGCUUGUAAGGGGGGCUGGGUCGCAUGGUGUUAUGAUAGAUGAAUUGACU